GUUUUAAAAUGCUUUGUAUUAAACAUAUGUUUCUUUUUCCUUAUAUCAUUGUUUAACUUUAUAGUUCUAUUAAAAAAUAGCUAAAAUAAAAUAUAAAUAUUCCAAAAAAUGUCGGUUUUAACUGAAAAAGAAGUACUUUCAAGGGCAUCUGCUUCUGAUUUAUCGAAGAUAAAGAAGUUAAACUGUUGGGGUAGUGAUUUAUCCGAUGUGUCUUUGUUAAGAAAAAUGUCUAAUUUAGAAGUUUUAAAUCUUAGUGCAAAUAAUAUUUUUUCGUUAAAAGACAUUUCUUUUUGCUCACAAUUAAAAGAAUUAUAUCUGCGUAAAAAUCACAUAGAGUUAGAGGAGGUUAAACAUUUAAAAAAUCUUCCUAACUUGGAGAUUUUAUGGUUAUCUGGAAAUCCUUGUGCGGAAAAACCUUUCUAUAAAGAAACAAUUUUACUCAAUUUACCUAGUGUUAAGAAACUAGAUGGAAUUUUAGUUACAGAGAAUGAUAUAGAAAAUGCGACAAGUAGUGGAAUAAGUUUGGAUUUUGAAACCAUUAUUUACAAACCUUUAAAUAAUGAGUUUCAAAAUAAAAAUAUUGAAAAAAAAGAAAAAAAUAUUGUUUCUAAUGAUUUUGAUAAAAGUUUAAAUAAAGUCAUUGAUACACCAGUUAUACUUUUAGAUGAAAAAAUACAUACAGUUAUUGAAAAACAAAAUGAGCUAAAUUUAUCAAGAGUUAAUGAAAACUUUAAUGAUGAGACUUUAAAAAAAAGCCAAGUGUAUUCAAUUAUAAAUAAUAAAACUGUUUCGUCAUCAAAAGCACCAAUACCAAUACCAUCAAUAUCAUCACUAGCUCCAGUAGCAUCAUCAAUUGAUUUAGAAAAAGCUAAUGAAAGAAGAAAAGCUCUUGGCCUUAAACUACUAGACACAGGUAAUACAAGUUUAUUCUCUGUUAAAAGUAAUGAAGAAUCGAUUGAGAAGAGUUUUAUUCCAAUGUCUGAAAUAAUAAGUGUUACAAAUUGUGAAGAUGAUAAAGAAGAAGAGUUAAUAACUGAAAAAACUGAUUUUAGUACAUUUUCAAAUACACGUAGUAACUCUGCCACACGCAGUAACACUUUAUCAGCAGUUAUUUUACUUCUUGAAACUCUUAACUGUGAUGAGCUAGAUGAAGUUAUUUCAUAUGCCCAUAAUUUCCGUGAUCGUGAUAAAGUAAUAUCAGCUAGAAGCUCUUUUAGUGUAACAUAAGAUAUUUAUAAAAUUAGAAAAAAUAUAAUAUAUAAAGUUA